CGGCAACAUGGCGGAUUGCGGCUGAUCUCAGUUACUGAAAUGUCUACUAGAGGAUGGUAGAACCGUAUUAUGUCGGUGUCGAUGUCGGCACCGCAAGUGUAAGGGCAGCUCUCGUCUCUGGUAAUGGCAAGAUCGUAUCAUCAGCCAUCCGGCCUUUAAAAAUAUGGAAAUCCCAGCCGAACUAUUUCGAGCAAUCGUCGGAAGAUAUAUGGGGAAAUGUCUGCACAGUGGUCAAGGUAGUUGUUACUCAAUUUUAUGAUCUGGGACCACCGGAAGAGGGGGGCGGGGAGUUGAGUGCGGAGCAUGGGGGUGUGCCACACCCUUCUCAAAAUCCUUCUUUUAAUAUUGCCUUUCAAUUUUACUUUUUCUUGUAUUUCUGGGGAUACUGCCACCUCCCUCCUGUGAAAAGGUAGCAAGUAUUCAGGAAAAAUAAUCUUCCUUUAAAACCUAGUUGUGCUCCUAAUUUUACAUAUUUGUAGGAAGUUUCUUCUUCAAUAAGCAGUGACAAGGAUUUCAUUCAGAAGAUAAAGGGCAUUGGUUUUGAUGCAACAUGCUCAUUGGUUGCUCUAGACUCAGCUGGGAAUCCUGUGACUGUCAGUCCAACACAGGAUAACCAACGAAAUGUGAUAAUGUGGCUGGAUCACCGAGCAAUUGAUCAAGCACAGAGGAUCAAUGACACGAAGCAUGAAGUACUGUCUUAUGUUGGAGGAUCUAUUUCACCAGAAAUGGAGAUGCCGAAAUUGCUUUGGUUGAAAGAGAACUUACCUGAGAAGUGUUGGAAAAAAUGUGAUCUUUUCCUGGAGCUGCCAGAGUUUCUCACUUACAGAGCUACAGACAAUCCAACAAGGUUAGCAUUUUACGAUCCAAGAAAAUCCAUGAACCAGAAAAUUCCCCAACAUCAUCUCAAAAGAAGAAUGUUAGUUGAUCCUUAAAUGUGGUAGUUUUACUUAUGCUAUCUAUCUUAAUCCAGCCUGUGAGCAAGAUAUCUGGGGGGGCUCUAGAGAGGCGGGGUGCUCUGAGAGUAGUGGACAGUAGAGAGAGCUUGCUCGCAGGCUGUUCUUCAUCUUGUUAGAUGUGUUCAUUUCAGAUAUAUUUCAAUAUUUUGUUUCCUCAGAUCCAUGUGCUCACUUGUUUGUAAAUUCAAUUACAUGGGUCAUAACUCACAGUUGCGUGAAGGUAAGUAGACUGAUUUCACGCCAACAAGCACUGUAUUGGUUUAGAAGAAGUCACAUCUUGCCCACCCACCCCUCAUUGCAUGGUUUCUCAUCUAGCCUUGCCCCAAACCACACCCCAAACAGAUCUAUUCAUGGCGAAAAUGCCAUGACAAUAUCUUGAUACAUAUUGAAAAGCCCACUUUUUAGUUUUUUUUUAAAGUAUUUUAAUAUUGGCAGGUUCAUCUAACAGUGGCUGGGCCCGGAUUCCUUUUUAAAGAUCCCUGGAUUGGUUUGGAAAAAUCCUGGCUACGCCCCUGCGCCUUGCCCCAACCCACACCCCAGAUCUGUGAUGCGCUUUGAUACAUAUAUGUGUUGGUUAAUAUUGGCAGGUUCAUCCAACGGUGGCUGGGUGGAUUCCUUUUUAAAGAUCAUUGGUUUGGAAGACCUCGUUGAUACUGAGUACUCCAAACUUGGUAAGUUAGUGUGCAUACAUGACAGAAAUGUAGUUCCUUGUGCGAUUCUUGCAAUAUACUACAUCUACCAGGACAUUUUGUCAUUUACCUCUCACUUACCCUACUCAAGCAUUUCUUUCUGAAAAUCUCCUGAAAAUGUUUACUUUGUAUACUUUUAUCUUUAGGAUGCAAAGUAAGCAGUGGGGGUGAGCCAGUUGGCAAGGGUCUGACACUCAGAGCUGCAAAUGACCUAGGAUUAUGGGAAGGGAUGCCAGUUGGCACCUCGCUGAUUGAUGCACAUGCAGGGGGACUGGGUAAGAGUGGUUACCAUAGUUACUGCACAAACAGUGGUUGAUUCUUCUUCUCAUAGCUGUAAUCGUUCUCUUAUUUUAUGAAGGCGUCAUUGGUGCGGAUUUAAGUUUGCUCCUUGGCGAGAACAUACCUUUAACUUCUCGUCUAGCUAUCAUUUGUGGGACAUCAUCUUGUCAUAUGGCUGUAAGUAUUGCUGUGAUUUGUUACCAAAAAGUUACAUUUCUCAUCAACCUUCUCCCUAGGUUUCUUCUCUUCUUUUCCCCUGGAGUGAUAUAGAGGGAGAUAAAAAGAGAAGAGAUUCUGAUAACGAGGUUAAUCCUUUAAGUGCCAAGAGUGGUCAAUGCUAAUUUUCUCUUAACGAUAUCAAUACAUAACCAAGAGAAAAAGGUACAACAGUAAAUAAGAUGAUCACUUAAAGGAAAAUGCUUCGAUCUUUUAUCAAAUCCUUGUAAUGUAUGAAGAUCAGUUAAGAGAAAUCGUAUAUAGAUGCUGAGACUCAAAGGAUAAAUUUUGCAUAAAAUUAAUGGCGCUAUUUUUCUGUGCUUCAGAUCAGUCAAAAGCCAGUGUUUGUUCCAGGAGUCUGGGGGCCAUACUAUUCUGCCAUGGUGCCAGGCCUGUGGGUAAAUGAAGGUGGCCAAAGUGUUACUGGGAAACUGGUAAGAGUAGAAAGCAAAGGAAAUGAAGUUUUAUUUUGGCCUGCUAACUGUUAUGUAGGUUUUUGUACUUUGAAGGCAGUGGGGUAGGAUAUACGUGAUUAACUCUAUUGCUCACGCUGUUGCUAAGGAGCCAUUUUGUUGUGAAAUUAACAGAUUGAUCAUGUUAUAGAGACACAUGUGGCAUAUCCAGAAUUGAAAGAAAAAGCUGAAAACAGGUUAGAUACACCUUUUUUGUCUCUGAAUCAUUUCCUUUUGCAUUUUGUUUGUCUGGGUAUUCAGGACUUCAGUUCUAAGAUCAUUGCAUGAGUCCUGUGGGAUAUUGUUUUUUGUUGCCCUAGGAGUCUGUAAAAAAUAACCAGUGAGCAAUAAUGAGAUGGAACUUAGGCGAGCAUCCCAUCUACGGACAGAUACCAAUACUUCUAGUUCCCCAAAUGCCACAAAAUCUUGGUUGAACUGUGGUUGUGUGGGUGUCCUGUGGCUCCUGCACGACUUAAACGUUAAAACCGUUGGCAUGACAUGACAUCUUUAUUGAAUUCUUUCAGUGGUUCCUCCAUUUACGAAGAGUUGAACAGACACGUGACUUCUCUGGCUGAGAAACGACAACUUAUGAACGUAGCAUUGUUAGCGCAAAAUACCCACGUGAUACCAGAUUUCCAUGGUAACAGAUCGCCAAUAGCUGAUCCAUCCAUGACUGGAAUGGUAAGCAAUUUAAGAGGUGUUUUUCGCGACCAACAAUAAACGCUAACGCUUAAUUUGAAACUAGUCGCUUGUGCAAAGCAUAAAUUCUCUUAUUGUCACGCCUACCAUAGCAAAGAACAAUAAACGCAAACGCUAAAUUUGAAACUAGUCGCUUGUGCAAGUUAUAAAUUCUCUUAUUGUCACGCCUACCAUAGCAAAGUAUUCAGCAUUUUUGCCAUCAUUAGAAGGAAAAACGUUUUGCAGUUAUGGAGCAAUAUAAAUGUUUAGUAGCGGUGUCUGAUAGAAAUCUGGCUCCUGGUUGAUUUGAUCCUCCCCGGAGCAAUUAUUGAGCCGUAAAUACGUAUUUGAAAUUUUUCCUGACAAGAAGUUCUGCGGACUUUUUUUUCUUUCAGAUUUGUGGAUUGACCCUUGUGACUGACAUUGAUAGUCUUGCUGUUCUGUAUCUAGCUACGCUACAGGCUCUUGCGGUAGGUAAUAUAAGCUAUGUUAACUUGACUACAGAGACCACUUGUUACAGACCAAGUGCUGAGUAACUGGAAAUGGGGUGAAGUACGAGGGGUCCCAGGGGUCCUUACUCGCCCCCCCACACCCUCCGAAGUUUUCCAUCCUACAUCCUUCGAGCAUCGUGAACUCUGCACUUCUUCUAAGAGAGAGGGUUGGAGACGAUAGUAGGUGAAAAACACAGGUUUUCAAAGUUAAAAAACAUUGUUUUUGUAGGUUUCCUUUACCUGAAAACAUACAUGGUCUCAUGCAAAAAAGAGAAGGAAAUGGGGAAGUGAAAAUCGGUCGGAUGCGUAACGUACUAGAGAACGCUUAAAUUGAAUCAGCCACUUGAAGAGCGAUAUUGUGGAACUUUCUGCGUUGGUAACGAUUACAAAGGACAAAUUGGCAUGGUCCAAAGUUCAAAACACGUAUUAACAAAAAUCUGCGUUGUACUCCAUCACUAUCAGCUAACUUGGAUGACACCUUGGCUGCUUUGAGUAUGUCGCCACUCCCUUUUACACCCUCGCUCUUGUCCAACCAUUCCUGUUCCUUGUUUUACACGUGUUUAUCAUGGCUGUUGCUUUUUUUCGUUUUUUCAGCAUGGUACUCGCCACAUCAUUGAAAGUCUGAACAAAGCAGGACACUGCAUCAACACUCUCUUCCUUUGUGGAGGUCUCAGUAAGAAUGAGUUGUUUAUUCAAACUCACGCUGAUGUAACAGGUCAGUUCCAUUGAAAGCCGAGCAAAGAGUUUCAAGUAUAGCAGUGCUUGAUAAUCAAUAUUUGUAACGAAAGGAGAAUCACUAAAGGAUGGCAGACACUGCCAAUACUAGCAGGAACUAAAAUAAAAUUUGACUUAUUUUUAAGUAGCUUUUGUAAAAGGAUUAUUUAAGGGAUAAAGAAAUAUUUUUUUCACAGGAUUGCCCUGCGUGCUGCCGCGUGAAAGUGAGUCCGUGCUCGUGGGGUCAGCUAUCUUGGGAGCAUGUGCAUCAGGCGAUUUUUCCUCCGUUCAGGUUAGUGAUUUAACAGAGGGUAGGUAGGUAGGCGGGCAGUUUUCCAGAAUUUCACCAAGUUGUAAACACUGGACACCUGAAGCUGGUCUCUGCCCUUCGCCAGUCCUUGUCUUUUACCCUUCUAUAAGACAGUCACUAACUACUGGUGCCAGCGAUGACCCUCUUAUAGAGAUUUGCUGCAUCUGGUCUGAAGCUUUGAAAGUAACUACAUUAGGAUAAGGAGAUAAAAAUUCUUAUUGGACAAAUAACACAUCUAGAAUGGGUUAAUUGUACUGUCGACAUUUUCUUUUUCGUAACGUUAUUUGCUGUGUUUGAAUCCAAAGGAGGCCAUGAAAAGCAUGAAUGCAGCAGGCAAACUAGUGAUGCCACAAGACAUACUCAAACAGUAAGAAAUAAUAAAAUACUACUUACCUACGCAUACAUUUUUUCUCUCUUCUGGAAGAUCCAAAGUGUUAUCUUGUAGCCUCUUCUUGUAUCCAAACACCGAGAAGAGAGUGUUUCAUCCGAUAUCCAAACUCUGAGAAAUACUAUAUCAAACACGAGAAAGAGUGUUUUGCCUGGUAUCGCAUCACUGAGGAGUCGUGUACUCAAACGUGGGAAGGAGUGAUUUAUUUGAUAUCCAAACAUUGAGAAAUGAUAUACCACAAAUGAGAAUGAGUGUUUCACCUGAUAGCCAGACACCGAGGAGUGACAUCAAACAUGAGAGGGAGUGUUUCAUUUGAUAUCCAGAUACUCUGCAGCGAUAUAUCACACAUGAGAAGGAGUAUUUUAUCGGAUAUCCAAAAAAAAACAAGAAGUGGAUCGAGAGUGUACAAAAAACAUUGUUUGACAGAUGAAACACUCUCUCGUAUGUUAGAUAUAGUUUCUCAAAUAAUCAAUAACCGUAACGUUGUAGGGUGAGACUUAAGGAUCUCAAUACCAAAAUUCGUUCGUGCUAGGGAUUUAUUUUGAUGUUCAUUCAUGAAUUAAUAAAAAGUUGACAGAGUUUUCUCCUUCUCUUUGUUCGUUUUUCCCCUAUUUAAGGAAGCAAUUUUAACUACUAACCUUACGUUAAUUCCAGGUAUUAUGACAAGAAGCACCAAGUGUUUCUACAAAUGCUGCAGAAUCAAGUGGAGUAUCGCGCACUGAUGAAGAGUUAACUUCAUUCAUUCUUAACGAUAUCAAAGUAAAAACUGAAGACAAAUCUCAAGUACUGCUGGACUGGUUUUAUUUGAAUGGUCACGGCACAGGAUUUCCUUCUCGGACGCAGACAUUAAAAACUACUUUGUGUUUCUGUACAGUGUCUCACUCUGUCACGCAACCAUAGGGUGCGUGACGAGUGAUCGGGGUCACGACAUUCGUGACAUUGGCCGACAAAUCCUAUUCUCGCAAAACGAAAUUUAUUGUUGGAAUAUUCCUAGUCCAUUUUUUGUGGACCUCUAGCCUCAAGUGUUAACAGAGUACACUCACUCCUAGUUUUAGGGCAUGCUCAAUUUGAGAGAAAUCUCCAUUUUUAGGGGACUGUCUUCUUGAUCCCACACAAUUCAUUCUUUGUUACGCAUGCGUAACUGGUGAGCAAAUCCCCAUUUGACAGAAACAAUAACAUAGCAGUCACUGUGAUUACUUUGCACAACGCGCAUGCUCUGGGAGCCUGUAAAGACAAACAGGGCAUUUUUGUCCCCAGAGCUCAUCGUUUCUUUAUGUCACGUGGUCUUAAGCCGAGAGGCUCUGGGGACGAGAAUGCAAACAGAAUUUCACGCCAAAACGGC